CAAUAGAUGUCACUGGAAUCGAAUCAUGUGUUUGUAGAGAAACGAAAACUUGAAAAGUGAAUUUAAAUCUCCGUUGAUUUGGAAUUGAUUGUGACACUGAAUAAAUUGCUUUUCUAAUUUACACUAAUCAUGGAAGAUGAAGGGAAUGAUCAAGCCUUAGAUGUUCCUCAUGAAACUGAUUUCCUUAUUUUUUAUAGAAAAUUACCAAAUAAAUCAUCUACAACUGUUCGGCUUUUCGACCGGAAAGAUUUCUUCACCAUUCAUGGAUCUGAUGCUCUUUUUGUUGCUAAUGAAAUCUUGAAAACUCAAACAGUUAUCAAGUAUAUUGAUAAUAUCCCAUCACUUGCCCUGAGUAUUAAUAAAUUGGAAAUGAUAUUAAAAGAAUUUCUUUUAAUUCGUCAUUAUCGAAUUGAGAUUUACAAGCAAGAGAAAAACUCACGUAACGCUAAUUGGACUCUUGACAUUAAAGCUUCACCGGGUAAUUUGGGUUCGCUUGAAGAUACUUUGUACUCCGUCAAUGAUAAUACUUCGGGUUUGAUUUCGAUAAAAGUUAUUGGUUCUGAUGUUCCUACUAUCGGUGUUGCUUAUAUAAAUACUCUUGAAAGAUGUGUUAGUGUUAUACAAUUUGAAGAUGAUCAAUAUUUGUCCGUUUUUGAGGCGAUUCUUGUACAAUGUGCUCCCAAAGAAGUUAUAAUUACCAAGUCAUUUCGAUCUACAUCCUUUUUCCGACGAUUUGAAGAGAUCAUGGAUUUGAAUAAAAUUCUGAUUACCGAUGUGAAACCUCAAAGUUACGUUGAUGAUUAUUCAGCAUUACAAAUGCGAUUGAACAAAAUUCUAUCGUCCAAAGUGAAAACAGAUUAUUUGGAGGAACAAAAAUUAGCCACUGCUGCUUUUAGUGCCGCUAUUGAUUAUUUAAGUCUAUCAAAUGGUGAUACUGAUGGACGAUAUUUACUUAAGAAAUUCGAUGUAUCAUUUGUUCGUCUCGAUUCUUCUGCAAUUAAAUCUCUUGAUCUGUUCACUGUUAAUGGUUCCGACUCAUCGGCUAACAAUAAUUUCAGUGUCUAUCAUUUGCUCAAUCAUUGUCGAACCCUCGCUGGUCAGCGUUUACUUGUCCAAUGGAUUCGUCAACCAUUAACUGAUCUAAACCAUAUUCAGGAAAGAUUGGAUUUGGUUGAUUUCUUUCGUGAAAAUACCGAAACUCGUAAAACAUUGAACAAUGUCUACUUGCGACGUGUUCCUGAUUUAUUGCGUUUGUCCAAAAAAUUUGAACAAGAAAAAGCGUCUCUAUUUGAUUGCUGUAAAGUUUACGAUUUCAUCAAGUGUUUACCAUGUAUUCGGGAACUUCUAGAGUCUAGUGGUGAUUCUAAGAUCAAAGAUACAUUUGUUGAUCUAUUUUCAACCUCAGAGCAACAUUUUGAACCCUUCAUCGAACUCAUCAAAAGCACAAUUGAUUUUAAUCGUCUUGAUGAAAAUCGUGAGCCGAUGAUUAAAGCAGAUUUCGAUGAAGAGCUGGGAAAAAUUUACAAAGAGUUGGAGGAGGUAGAAAAUAGUGCUGAAAAUUUGUCGACAUCAGUUGCUCGUAAAUUUGACCUCGAUCCAAGUAAGUUAAAGUUGGAGCGUAACUCACAGAUCGGUUAUAACUUCCGAGUUACAAAAAAAGAAGAGAAAAAUGUUCGCAACGGUCAAGGAAUCCGAUUCAUUGAUCGAGCCAAAAAAGACGCCAUUAGAUUUUCUAACACUAAACUUGACGAUUUGAGUGGUAAAUAUGUUGAAUUGAUGGCUGCUUAUGAAAACCAACAAGCAGAGUUGGUCAGCGGUGUCAUUAAAGUUGCUGCAACUUAUAGUGAAGCCAUGAGGACACUUGGAGAUGUCGUCGCUAAACUUGAUGUUUUGGUUUCGUUUGCUCUUUACUCUUGUAGUGGUAAAAAAUUUGUCCGUCCCGAGUUGUUGCCUAAAGGAAGUGGUAAAAUAAUCAUCUCACAGGUUCGUCAUCCUUGUCUUGAAGCUCAACCAAAUGGUAUUUACGUUCCUAAUGAUGUUCAUCUUGAUGAGUCUGAACACAAAUUUUUCCUUGUCACGGGUCCAAAUAUGGGAGGUAAAUCAACGUACAUUCGAUCCGUUGGAAUCGCCGUUCUAUUAGCUCACAUUGGUUCUUAUAUUCCCGCUGAUUCCGCCACGAUCUCAUUAGUUGAUGGCAUUCAAACAAGAGUUGGGUCAAGUGAUUAUCAGCUCAAAGGUGUGUCAACCUUCAUGGCAGAAAUGAUUGAGACAAGCUCAAUUCUCAGAGGAGCUACUAAAGACUCGCUCAUUAUUAUCGAUGAACUCGGUCGUGGUACAUCCACUUACGAUGGAUUCGGCUUAUCUUGGCAUAUCUCUGAGUACAUAGCCACCAAAAUCAAAGCUUAUUGCUUUUUCGCUACUCAUUUUCACGAGCUUACAGCUUUAACCAAAACAGUUCCCGCUAUUGGUAAUCUCCAUGUUAAAGCGGAAACCACUUCAGGUGGACUCGUUUUCUUGUAUAAAGUUGACAAAGGUAUUUGUGAUCAAAGUUUCGGUAUUCAUGUUGCCCGAUUGGCUCAAUUUCCAGAGCACAUAAUUGCCGAUGCAUCUGCAAAGGUUCAAGAGCUUGAAGGAUUCAGUGGUGUCGAUGAAAAAACCAGAGCACUUCGUGAAUAUGUAAUGAAUUAUGUUAAAAAAAUGGAUGUUGACAAUUGUGAUGAUGAUGAAAUCGAAAGUAAAAUAUCAAACCUACGAGAAUAUGUUGAAAAACAUUCACUUAAUCAAAUUUAAUGGCUCAUCUUUAUCCUGAUUUUCGUGAAUUAAUCUCAAUCAUUCAUUUGUUAACCAAAAUCAAACUUUUCCUUCUACUUAAUUGUCUCCAUUUAAUUAUGAUACGAAAUUUUGAUUCUAUUAUGUUAAAGUGAACAGUUGUAACUGUUGAAAACGAAAUCGUAAAUUAGAAUCAAUCUCAUCAAUAAUCAUCAGAAUCACUCUUAUUGUUAAUCACAAUUAAACUUUUUAUUCUGCUUAACUGUAAUUCUUUAAUUGAUGUAAUCAAUGAAAAUUGCAAACAAACCAUUUUUUCUGUUCAAUUGUAAUAAUUAAAAUGAAAAUUUUACGUAAUAAAAAAGAAAUAAAAAAUUCUAA